GGCAGCCGAGGCUGGCGACGCGGACGCGGGGAGGGUGACUGCGUGCUUUUGAUCGCAGGUUUUUAGUCAGGGUUUGACAGAACAAACAAAACCUGGGGAAGAUUCAGGAAGACUCGGCCGGAACUCAUGGUAUCCAUAGCGACGCUAUCGGAAGUUGGGGUUGCUAGGAGGCCUGGGCGCGUCGGCUAACGUGCGUCAUGGCUGAAGUCCCAGAGUAUUACGAUUCCGGCCCAGUUGAAGGAGAAGAUCUGGAGUAUGAGGUAGUCGACCUACCAACGUCUCUUAAAGUGGCUCAAGAUGCCGAAGCUGACACCAUGGCAGAGGUAGGCCCGGAGCUACCUGUAGAGAUUGACCAGGAACCCCAGCCAGAGACAGAGGAAAAAGACCUCGAAGAAGUGGGGGCGCCAGAGAAUGUACACCUACACGUAAAACCAACCGGCACGUCCAAGGAGGAGAUUCCCAAGGAGUCUGAGAGAGACCUUCCAAGCGAGACUGAUCGAGGGAUGCCGCAGAAGGCAAAGUCGGAGACAUUGAGAGAGAUGGGAGGAGAGCUUUUCAAGGAUUUGGAGGUCCUUAUGGAUGAUGAGCCAGAUUUAGAGCCACUGGAGGAGGCCAAAUUAGAUGUUACAGAGGAUGUACUCCUAGAGUCAGAUAAGGAAACAGAUCCGGAGCUACCAGAGGAGACAGAGACUGAAGUUUCAGGGGCCUCAAUCAGUGAGACAAGAUUAGAGUUGCUAGAACAGACCAUACUGGAGGUUCUGGAGGAUUCAUUGAAAGAGCAAUAUGAAGAAACAGGUCCAGAACCUCCAGAGCAGACCAAACCUGAAUUUCCAAGUGAGAAACCAAGAAAAUCAAUUGAAGAGGCAGAUCUACAGCUGCCAAAGAUGACCAUUCCAAAGGAAGCACAAAGAAAAUCACCUGAGGAGAAAGGGACAGAGCCAUCUGAGCAGGCCAAACCAGAGUUUCCAGAAGGGAAACCAAGAGAAACUGAAGAGGCAGGUCUGGAACCUCCAGAAGAAACUAAACCAGAGGUUCCACAGGAGAUACAAAGAAAAUCAACUGAGGAGAAAGAGACAGAGCCACCUGAACAGACUAAACCAGAGUUUCCAAAGGAGAAACAAAGUAAGUCUACUGAGGAGGCAGGUGUAGAACCACCAGAAGAGACUAAACCGGAGAAUCCAGAGGAGGACCAAAGAAAAUCAACUGAGAAGAAAGAGACAGAGCCACCUCAGCAGACCAAAUCAGAGUUUCCAGACCAGAAACCAACUAAGUCUAGUGAAGAGACAGGAAGAAAGUCAACUGAGGAGAAAGAGACAGAGCCACUUGAAGAAACCAAAUCAGAAUUUCCUGAGGAAAAAUCAAGAAAAUCAAUUGAGGAAACAGGUCUAGAGCCAUCAGAAAAGACCAAAUCAGAAGUUGAAGAGGAGACCCACAAAGAGUCAACUGUGAAGAAAGUUUUAGAACCACUAGAGGACACUCGAUCAUCAGAGCAAAAAGAUAAGCAAAGAAAAUCAACUGAGGAGACAGGACUGGCACCACCACAGAAGUCCAAAUCAGAGGAGACAGUAAGAGACUCAACAGAAGAGAAAGGUCUAGAGCCAAAGUUUCCAAAGAAAGAACCAAGAAAAACAACUGAGUUUGAAACAGGUCAAAUGCCACCACAGAAGACGAAACCAGAGGUCCAAGAGAAGACACAAACAGAGGAAACUAAAGAGAAAGAUCUAGAAUUACCAGAUAAAGCCCAACUACCACUAAGAAUAGUGUCACAUACAGAAUUUUUCAAGGAAGAUAGGCCAAAACCAGUCAAAUUUAAGUAUUCCCUAGACAAGGAUGAGCUAGAACACUCUGACUAUCAAACGAGAAAGUGGUCAGUAAAAGAAACCAAGAAAGCUAAAAGAGAGUCUAUGUUCGGGUCUCUCACAAUAAGUGAAGUAGAUUCAGUGAGUGUAAGUUAUGAGUUUCCUAAGGAUUUUAAAGGACUGUUUGAGGUUACCGAUAUCAAUGAUGAUUUAUACCCUUACCUCUCAGACUCUCAGAGGGAUUUGAGAGAGUCUUCUAGUGAAAAAGUUGUAGAUUUUUCCCCAGAGUUGAAACAGGUACACAAAGAUGAAGAAACCCAGCCAAAAGAAAGUGCUGAGCUACAAUUUGAGUAUCUUAAAUGGAGCCCAGAGAAAGUUGCAGAGUGGAUUAGUGAGCUAGGCUUCCCUCAAUACAAGGAAUGUUUUACCACAAACUUCAUCUGUGGUCGAAAGCUCAUUUACGUAAACUGUUCAAACCUCCCUCAGAUGGGGAUAACUGAUUUUGAGGAUAUGAAGGCAAUUUCUCGGCAUACACGGGUGCUCCUGGGAAUUGAAGAGCCAUUGUUCAGUCGCACCAUCGCCCUGCCCUACAGGGACAAUAUUGGCUUAUUUUUAGAGCAAAAAGGUCAUAGUGGGGUAAAAUCUGAUUCCUUGACCUUUUCUGAAUUUGUGCAAGCGGCGGGAUUACAGGAUUAUGCUCCAAAAACAACCGCCCCUGAAGAGAAUGAAGCAUUGCAUUACACUGAACCAUAGGGAAAAGCUGUUUUAAUUACCUUGAAAGAUCAAACUAAACUACUUGGGGGAAAGAAGUGUGUUCUUUUGGGUUCUCUUCUUCUCUUCUUCAUUAAGGAUUGGAAUUAGAACUGCUGGCUCCACUCCUAGUUCUAUCACCACCUCUAAGCAUCUUCCCUUCAUUUGUGUUGCAGUUCAGCCCCGUGUUUAAACAGAGCAAUAGUUCUCUUUCUGGGUAACUGUAAGGAUUCCUGAUAAAUUCUAGUAAUGCAUCUGGUAGUAGGAACAUGUUAAGGAAAUGGAAUUAAAAGUAAAAUCUCCUGCCAACCCAAAUGAGGUUCUCCACAAAUGCAGAAAAAGAAACAGUUGUAUUAUUGAAUCAGCACUAAAUCAGACAGUGAUGGACAUCACAGGCAAGCUGCUAAAGAAGAUUACGAAGUCAAGGAAAUCCCACCCUUUUAGAUAGCCAGGCAGAUAGAACCCAUUACUUACAUGUUAACUGUCUGUAUUCAAAGGAAAAAUGAAACUUCUCAUAUCUUUAUGAUAAACAGGAAGUUACUAUGUGGAGCCGGGCACUUAGGCCAGGGAGAUAGGGUGCCAUCCUCCUCAUUGCUCCCAUUUCAAACAGACAGUCUUGGGAUGUAAAACUGGCAGGUGACUUCUUCAACUUGU